GGCUGAACAAUAGAGACAGGCAGACGGGCGAGGAGGAGAGCCAGCUGCCGCUGCUGGGGGACAGCGGGGCGCCCAGGCAGCCCGGACCCUAGCCCCGGGCCCCGGCCCGGCCAGACAGCAGGCGGCCAGCGCCCCAGGGAAGGGGCACCAUGGGGGAGCCGGCGGCCGGCGCCCCCAACCCGCCGCGCGCCGCCGCCUGAGGGAGCUCGGCGUCCUCUGCCCCAGCCCCGCGCCCUAGCGCCUGCCCUCGAAGCCCCGCGGUCGCUGGCUCUGCGGCCACGGCCGCUACACCCCGCGCCCUCCGCCCACCGGGCGCCGAGCCGUCCUCGGCCCCAGGCUUCGCCGGUCCCCGGCUGCCCGCGGACACCCUCUUCCAGUCAUGAACCCCCCGGAGGGGGCAGCGGAGGAAGGAGGAGCAGCCGACUCGGACGUGGACGCCUUUUUCCGGACAGGGUCUUUUCGGAAUGAUGGUUUGAAAGCUUCUGAUGUCCUUCCCAUCCUAAAGGAAAAAGUGGCCUUCGUGUCUGGGGGCCGUGAUAAGCGAGGUGGACCCAUCCUGACCUUCCCUGCUCGCAGCAAUCAUGACAGAAUAAGACAGGAAGACCUGCGGAAACUGGUGACGUAUUUGGCCAGCGUGCCAAGUGAGGACGUAUGCAAACGUGGCUUCACCGUCAUCAUCGACAUGCGGGGCUCCAAGUGGGACCUCAUCAAGCCCCUCCUCAAAACGCUACAGGAAGCCUUUCCAGCUGAGAUCCAUGUGGCCCUCAUCAUCAAACCCGACAACUUCUGGCAGAAACAGAAGACCAACUUUGGCAGCUCCAAAUUCAUCUUUGAGACGAGCAUGGUGUCUGUGGAGGGCCUCACAAAGCUGGUGGACCCCUCCCAGCUGACGGAGGAAUUCGAUGGCUCCCUGGACUACAACCACGAGGAGUGGAUUGAGCUUCGGCUCUCCCUGGAAGAGUUCUUCAACAGUGCAGUCCACCUGCUCUCGCGCCUUGAGGACCUGCAGGAGAUGCUUGCCCGAAAGGAGUUCCCGGUGGAUGUGGAGGGCUCUCGGCGGCUCAUUGAUGAGCACACGCAGCUCAAGAAAAAGGUGCUGAAGGCCCCCGUGGAGGAGCUGGACCGGGAGGGGCAGCGGCUGCUGCAGUGCAUCCGCUGCAGUGAUGGCUUCUCAGGGCGCAACUGUAUUCCCGGCAGUGCCGACUUCCAGAGCCUCGUGCCCAAGAUCACCAGCCUCCUGGAUAAGCUGCACUCCACCCGGCAGCACCUGCAUCAGAUGUGGCAUGUGCGCAAGCUCAAGCUGGACCAGUGUUUCCAGCUACGACUCUUCGAGCAGGAUGCUGAGAAGAUGUUCGACUGGAUAAGCCACAACAAGGAGUUGUUUCUCCAGAGCCAUACGGAGAUUGGAGUCAGCUACCAGCACGCCCUAGACCUCCAGACGCAGCACAAUCACUUCGCCAUGAACUCCAUGAAUGCCUAUGUCAAUAUCAACCGCAUCAUGUCUGUGGCUUCCCGCCUCUCUGAGGCUGGCCAUUAUGCCUCCCAGCAAAUCAAGCAGAUCUCCACACAGCUGGACCAGGAGUGGAAGAGCUUCGCCGCUGCCCUGGAUGAACGCAGCACCAUCCUGGCCAUGUCUGCCGUGUUCCAUCAGAAGGCUGAACAGUUCUUGUCAGGAGUGGAUGCCUGGUGCAAGAUGUGCAGUGAAGGUGGCCUACCGUCUGAGAUGCAGGACCUGGAGCUGGCGAUCCACCACCACCAGUCCUUGUAUGAGCAGGUGACCCAGGCCUACACGGAGGUCAGCCAGGAUGGCAAAGCACUGCUGGAUGUGUUGCAACGUCCCCUGAGUCCUGGGAACUCUGAGUCCCUCACAGCCACAGCCAACUACUCCAAGGCGGUGCACCAGGUGCUGGAUGUGGUGCACGAGGUGCUGCACCACCAGCGGCGGCUUGAGAGCAUCUGGCAGCACCGCAAAGUGCGGCUCCACCAGCGGCUGCAGCUCUGUGUCUUCCAGCAGGACGUGCAGCAGGUGUUGGACUGGAUUGAAAACCAUGGUGAGGCCUUUCUCAGCAAACACACCGGGGUUGGGAAGUCCCUGCAUCGAGCUCGAGCCCUGCAGAAGAGGCAUGAUGAUUUUGAAGAAGUGGCUCAGAAUACGUACACCAAUGCGGACAAGCUCCUAGAAGCUGCGGAACAGUUGGCUCAGACAGGGGAAUGUGACCCAGAGGAGAUCUAUAAGGCAGCUCGACACCUGGAGGUGCGCAUCCAAGACUUCGUGCGCAGGGUGGAGCAGCGGAAGCUUCUCCUGGACAUGUCUGUCUCCUUUCACACACACACCAAAGAGUUGUGGACAUGGAUGGAAGACCUGCAAAAGGAGAUGCUGGAAGAUGUCUGUGCAGACUCUGUGGAUGCGGUCCAGGAACUGAUCAAGCAGUUCCAGCAGCAGCAGACCGCCACCCUGGAUGCCACUCUAAAUGUCAUCAAGGAAGGCGAAGACCUUAUCCAGCAGCUCAGGUCAGCGCCUCCCUCCCUGGGGGAGCCCAGCGAGGCCAGGGACUCAGCUGUGUCCAACAAUAAGACACCCCACAGUAGCUCCAUCAGCCACAUUGAGUCUGUCCUGCAGCAACUGGAUGAUGCCCAGGUACAGAUGGAGGAGCUAUUCCAUGAACGGAAAAUCAAACUGGACAUUUUCCUGCAGCUGCGCAUUUUUGAACAGUACACCAUUGAGGUGACAGCAGAGCUGGAUGCCUGGAAUGAGGACUUGCUCCGGCAGAUGAAUGACUUCAACACGGAGGAUCUGACCCUAGCAGAGCAGCGUCUGCAGCGCCACACAGAAAGGAAGCUAGCCAUGAAUAAUAUGACCUUUGAAGUCAUCCAGCAGGGCCAGGAUCUGCACCAAUACAUCAUGGAAGUCCAGGCUUCUGGAAUUGAGUUAAUCUGUGAAAAAGACAUUGAUCUGGCAGCCCAGGUGCAAGAACUACUAGAGUUUCUCCAUGAGAAGCAGCAUGAAUUGGAGCUCAACGCGGAACAGACCCACAAGCGGCUAGAGCAGUGUCUCCAACUGCGGCACCUCCAGGCUGAGGUCAAACAGGUCCUGGGAUGGAUCCGCAAUGGAGAGUCAAUGCUCAACGCCAGCCUGGUCAAUGCCAGCUCUUUGUCCGAAGCAGAACAGCUACAGCGGGAGCACGAGCAGUUCCAACUGGCCAUCGAGUCCCUCUUUCAUGCCACUUCCUUGCAGAAGACGCACCAGAGUGCCCUGCAGGUACAGCAGAAAGCCGAGGCGCUGCUCCAGGCCGGCCAUUAUGAUGCGGAUGCCAUCCGGGAAUGUGCUGAGAAGGUGGCCCUCCACUGGCAGCAGCUGAUGCUGAAGAUGGAGGAUCGGUUAAAACUGGUCAACGCAUCUGUGGCCUUUUACAAAACUUCUGAACAGGUAUGCAGUGUCCUGGAGAGCUUAGAGCAAGAAUACCGGAGAGAUGAGGACUGGUGUGGUGGAAGAGAUAAACUGGGGCCGGCUGCAGAGAUCGACCAUGUUAUUCCACUCAUCAGCAAACAUUUGGAACAAAAGGAGGCCUUCCUUAAGGCCUGCACCCUGGCACGGCGGAACGCUGAGGUGUUUCUCAAGUACAUCCACAGGAACAACGUCAGCAUGCCCAGUGUUGCUAGCCACACUCGGGGACCUGAGCAGCAAGUGAAAGCCAUCUUGAGUGAGCUCUUACAGCGGGAGAAUCGUGUUCUACACUUCUGGACCUUGAAGAAACGGCGGUUAGACCAGUGCCAGCAAUAUGUGGUAUUUGAGCGCAGUGCUAAGCAGGCACUGGACUGGAUCCAAGAAACGGGUGAAUAUUACCUCUCAACACAUACCUCCACUGGAGAGACCACAGAGGAGACUCAGGAGCUGCUGAAAGAAUAUGGGGAAUUCAGGGUACCUGCCAAGCAAACGAAGGAGAAGGUGAAGCUCCUGAUUCAGUUGGCUGAUAGCUUUGUGGAAAAAGGCCACAUUCAUGCCACAGAGAUAAGGAAAUGGGUGACCACGGUGGACAAGCACUACAGAGAUUUCUCCUUGAGGAUGGGAAAGUAUCGGUACUCCCUGGAGAAAGCCCUAGGAGUCAACACAGAGGAUAACAAGGACCUGGAGCUGGACAUCAUCCCAGCAAGCCUGUCAGAUCGUGAGGUCAAACUAAGGGAUGCCAACCAUGAAGUCAAUGAAGAGAAGCGGAAGUCAGCCCGGAAGAAAGAAUUCAUUAUGGCUGAACUACUCCAGACAGAGAAGGCUUAUGUCAGGGACUUACAUGAGUGCUUGGAGACUUACCUGUGGGAAAUGACCAGUGGUGUGGAAGAAAUCCCCCCUGGGAUCCUCAAUAAAGAGCACAUCAUCUUUGGCAACAUCCAGGAGAUCUACGAUUUUCAUAACAACAUCUUCCUCAAAGAGCUGGAGAAAUACGAGCAGCUGCCUGAGGACGUGGGACAUUGCUUUGUCACCUGGGCAGACAAAUUUCAGAUGUAUGUUACCUAUUGUAAAAACAAGCCUGAUUCCAACCAGCUGAUCCUGGAGCAUGCCGGCACCUUCUUUGAUGAGAUACAGCAGCGGCACGGUCUGGCCAACUCCAUCUCUUCCUACUUAAUUAAGCCAGUCCAGAGGAUCACCAAGUACCAACUGCUCCUGAAGGAACUUUUAACUUGCUGUGAAGAAGGGAAAGGGGAGCUCAAGGAUGGCCUGGAGGUGAUGCUCAGUGUCCCCAAGAAAGCCAACGAUGCCAUGCAUGUCAGCAUGCUGGAAGGGUUCGACGAGAACUUGGACGUGCAGGGGGAGUUGAUUCUCCAGGAUGCCUUUCAAGUGUGGGAUCCGAAGUCUCUGAUCCGGAAGGGACGGGAGCGGCAUUUGUUCCUCUUUGAGAUCUCCUUGGUUUUUAGCAAGGAGAUCAAAGACUCUUCAGGACACACGAAAUAUGUUUACAAGAACAAGCUACUGACCUCAGAGCUGGGUGUGACCGAGCAUGUAGAGGGCGACCCCUGCAAAUUCGCCUUGUGGUCUGGGCGCACCCCAUCCUCAGACAAUAAAACAGUGCUCAAAGCUUCCAACAUCGAAACCAAGCAGGAAUGGAUCAAGAACAUUCGAGAAGUGAUUCAAGAAAGGAUCAUUCACCUGAAAGGAGCUUUAAAGGAGCCAAUUCAGCUCCCCAAAACACCAGCCAAACAGAGGAACAAUAGUAAGAGGGAUGGAGUGGAGGAUGUUGACAGCCAGGGUGAUGGGAGCAGCCAGCCAGACACCAUCUCCAUUGCCUCUAGGACCUCUCAGAACACAGUGGACAGUGACAAGCUCUCUGGCGGGUGUGAGCUGACCGUGGUCCUCCAGGACUUCAGCGCAGGCCACAGCAGCGAGCUGACCAUCCAGGUGGGGCAGACUGUGGAGCUGUUGGAGCGGCCCAGCGAGCGGCCUGGCUGGUGUCUGGUCCGCACCACGGAACGGAGCCCUCCCCAGGAGGGCCUGGUCCCCAGCAGCGCCCUGUGCAUCUCCCAUUCCCGCAGCAGCGUAGAAAUGGACUGCUUCUUCCCGUUGGUGAAAGAUGCAUACUCUCAUUCCUCCAGUGAAAACGGAGGCAAAUCUGAGUCCGUGGCCAACUUGCAGGCUCAGCCUUCCCUGAACUCCAUCCACAGUUCCCCGGGUCCCAAGCGCUCCACCAACACCCUGAAGAAGUGGCUUACCAGUCCCGUACGUCGGCUCAACAGUGGGAAAGCAGAUGGAAACAUCAAAAAACAAAAGAAAGUACGUGAUGGCCGGAAAAGCUUCGACCUGGGCUCUCCCAAGCCUGGGGAUGAGACCACCCCUCAAGGAGACAGCGCCGAUGAGAGCAAGAAAGGUUGGGGUGAAGAUGAGCCAGAUGAAGAGUCACACACCCCCCUCCCUCCUCCCAUGAAGAUCUUUGACAACGACCCCACACAGGACGAGAUGUCCUCCUCUUUGCUAGCAGCCCGGCAGGCUUCCACAGAAGUACCUACUGCUGCAGACCUUGUCAGUGCAAUAGAAAAGUUGGUCAAAAGCAAGCUGACUCUCGAAGGAGGCACCUACCGGGGGAGCUUAAAAGACCCCACAGGCUGCCUGAAUGAGGGGAUGACCCCACCUACUCCUCCUAGAAACUUGGAAGAAGAACAGAAGGCCAAGGCCUUGAGAGGCAGGAUGUUUGUCCUGAAUGAGCUGGUACAGACAGAGAAAGAUUAUGUCAAGGACCUGGGGAUUGUGGUGGAGGGCUUCAUGAAGAGGAUAGAAGAGAAGGGCGUCCCUGAGGAUAUGCGAGGGAAGGAUAAAAUCGUGUUUGGGAACAUUCACCAGAUUUAUGACUGGCAUAAGGAUUUUUUUCUGGCUGAACUGGAAAAAUGUAUCCAAGAGCAAGACAGACUGGCCCAGCUCUUUAUUAAACAUGAGCGGAAGCUGCACAUCUACGUGUGGUACUGCCAGAAUAAGCCGCGCUCGGAGUACAUCGUAGCUGAGUAUGAUGCCUACUUUGAGGAGGUAAAGCAGGAGCUAAAUCAAAGGCUAACGCUUAGUGACUUCCUUAUCAAGCCCAUUCAGAGAAUAACAAAAUACCAGCUGCUCCUCAAGGACUUCCUGAGAUACAGUGAGAAGGCUGGUUUGGAGUGUUCAGAUAUCGAGAAAGCUGUGGAGUUAAUGUGCCUUGUUCCCAAACGCUGCAAUGACAUGAUGAAUCUGGGACGCCUGCAGGGCUUUGAGGGCACCCUGACGGCCCAGGGCAAGCUGCUGCAGCAGGACACAUUCUAUGUCAUUGAGCUGGAUGCUGGUAUGCAGUCCCGGACCAAAGAGAGGCGUGUAUUCCUCUUCGAGCAGAUUGUCAUCUUCAGUGAACUGCUCCGGAAGGGCUCCCUUACACCAGGCUACAUGUUCAAAAGGAGCAUCAAGAUGAAUUACUUGGUCCUGGAGGAGAAUGUGGACAAUGACCCCUGUAAAUUCGCCCUCAUGAACAGGGAGACUUCCGAAAGGGUCAUUCUGCAAGCCGCCAACUCAGACAUCCAGCAGGCCUGGGUGCAGGACAUCAAUCAAGUCUUAGAAACACAGAGAGACUUCUUAAAUGCACUACAGUCACCCAUUGAGUAUCAGCGGAAAGAACGGAGCACGGCCGUGAUGCGGUCCCAGCCUGCUAGGGUGCCACAAGCCAGCCCCAGGCCCUACUCUUCUGUCCCCGUGGGCUCAGAGAAGCCCCCGAAGGGCUCCACCUACAACCCACCUCUGCCACCCCUGAAGAUAUCUACCUCCAAUGGCAGUCCAGGGUUUGACUACCACCAAUCUGGGGACAAGUUUGAGGCCAGCAAGAAUGACUUGGGUGGCUGCAACGGGACCUCCUCCAUGGCUGUGAUCAAAGAUUACUAUGCACUGAAGGAGAAUGAAAUCUGCGUGAGCCAAGGUGAGGUGGUCCAGGUCCUCGCCGUCAACCAGCAGAACAUGUGCCUGGUGUACCAGCCUGCCAGCGACCAUUCCCCCGCAGCUGAGGGCUGGGUCCCCGGCAGCAUCCUGGCGCCCCUCACCAAAGCCACAGCAGCAGCAGAAAAUAGCGACGGGAGCAUCAAGAAGUCAUGUUCAUGGCAUACUCUACGCAUGAGAAAGCGGGCGGAAGUGGAGAACACGGGUAAAAAUGAAGCCACAGGGCCUCGUAAACCCAAGGAUAUUCUGGGCAACAAAGUCUCUGUUAAAGAGACGAACAGUUCCGAGGAGUCAGAGUGUGAUGAUCUUGACCCUAAUACUAGCAUGGAGAUCUUAAAUCCAAAUUUCAUCCAAGAAGUGGCACCAGAGUUCCUUGUGCCCUUAGUGGAUGUGACCUGUUUGCUGGGGGACACAGUGAUGCUCCAGUGCAAAGUCUGUGGGCGGCCGAAACCCACCAUCACCUGGAAGGGUCCCGACCAGAACAUCCUCGACACUGACAACAGCUCGGCCACAUAUACUGUCUCCUCCUGUGAUUCUGGGGAAAUCACCCUGAAGAUCUGCAAUCUGAUGCCCCAGGACAGUGGGAUUUAUACCUGCAUAGCAACGAAUGAUCAUGGGACUGCAUCCACAUCUGCCACAGUUAAGGUGCAAGGGGUUCCAGCAGCCCCCAACCGCCCCAUUGCCCAGGAGAGGAGCUGCACCUCUGUGAUUCUCCGCUGGUUGCCCCCGGCCAGCACAGGGAAUUGCACCAUUUCGGGUUACACCGUGGAGUACCGGGAGGAAGGUUCCCAGGUCUGGCAGCAGUCAGUAGCUUCAACCUUGGACACUUACCUUGUCAUCGAAGACCUCAGUCCUGGGUGUCCCUAUCAGUUCAGGGUCAGUGCCAGCAACCCCUGGGGAAUCAGUCUUCCCAGUGAACCCUCGGAGUUCGUCCGACUUCCGGAGUAUGAUGCGGCCGCGGAUGGUGCCACCAUUUCUUGGAAGGAAAAUUUUGAUUCCGCUUAUACUGAGCUGAAUGAAAUUGGAAGAGGCCGUUUCUCUAUAGUGAAAAAAUGCAUUCACAAAGCCACCCGCAAAGAUGUCGCCGUGAAAUUCGUGAGCAAAAAAAUGAAGAAAAAGGAACAGGCUGCCCACGAGGCUGCCCUGCUUCAGCACCUGCAGCACCCACAGUACAUCACUCUCCAUGACACCUACGAGUCCCCCACAUCCUACAUCCUGAUUUUGGAACUGAUGGAUGAUGGCCGGCUCUUAGACUACCUUAUGAAUCAUGAUGAGUUGAUGGAGGAAAAAGUAGCUUUCUACAUCCGAGACAUCAUGGAGGCUCUGCAGUACCUUCACAACUGCAGGGUUGCACAUUUGGACAUUAAGCCUGAAAACCUGCUCAUUGACCUACGAAUUCCAGUGCCUCGGGUGAAGCUCAUUGACUUGGAAGAUGCUGUCCAGAUCUCAGGCCACUUCCACAUCCACCACCUGCUGGGGAACCCUGAGUUUGCUGCCCCAGAAGUGAUCCAAGGCAUCCCGGUCUCCCUGGGCACAGACAUCUGGAGCAUUGGGGUUCUGACAUAUGUCAUGCUGAGUGGGGUCUCCCCCUUCUUAGAUGAGAGCAAAGAGGAGACAUGUAUCAAUGUGUGCAGGGUGGACUUCAGCUUCCCCCAUGAAUACUUCUGUGGCGUGAGCAAUGCCGCCAGAGAUUUCAUCAACGUAAUCCUACAGGAAGACUUUCGGAGGCGACCCACAGCAGCCACUUGCCUGCAGCAUCCCUGGCUGCAGCCCCACAAUGGUAGCUACUCCAAGAUCCCCCUGGACACCUCCCGCCUGGCAUGCUUCAUAGAACGCCGCAAGCACCAGAAUGAUGUGCGUCCUGUUCCCAAUGUUAAGAGCUACAUUGUCAACCGGGUGAACCAGGGGACAUAGCCGUCUCCCAGCUCCGGAGGUUUCACAUAAAAGUGCCAUGUGAACCAAAGCAAGACUGAAUGUGUCUGUAAAUAAUUCUGUUCGUGAAUUCACCCCAUGCAGUUCUCUGAAUUGAGAGAUGUCCUCUUAAAUCUCAUCAGUGGUUAUUCAGGUCAAUCAUGGGUUAUUUGAGCAGUGGUAAAAGUCACCCUAAAUCCAGGACUUUCCAGAAGGUCAUCCUGAAAAAAAUAAAGAUGCAAAGAGUUGUAGAGAGCAUUAAAAGAAAGGGCAAGGAGAACAAGACUAUUAGCAGUUAUAAAAUUUUAAUUGUACAUUCCAAAACCAGUGGUUAAGUGGGCAAACCUUAAGCUCAGAACGAGAGUGUUACAGGUUUCUGACUUUGCUGAAAAUUUACACAAAAAAAAUUCUAUUUAACAGAGAUGUCAUAUAUGUCAACUAUUCUGGUUUAGAUGACUUAGAUAUAGUUUCUUAAUAGGAUACAUAUACACAUACAAAGUAGAUCACUUCAGGUUUCAGAGUUUUAUAAUAUAGUUAUAUAUGAAAUCAAUCAUAAGUAACUUUAAGUGCUCCAGUUAAGACAGUAAUUUAUUUAAUGAAGCAUUACAUUGUUUUGACUAAGCACAAUUAGAUGACAAGUUUUUUAGAGCAUUUUAUAAAUCUUGUAUAGAAAUCUUUUACCAGAACCUGUGCAUUAAGAGAAAGCAAUGUUACCCUUUUGCAAUCUGUGAGUGAGAAGAUUUUUUUUCUCUCAAUCAUGGGUUAUUUGAUUAAGAUAGGUUCUGUAUACGAAAUACUACCCCUGAAUUUACUGGCGGCUGAGAGUUCACCUGGCAGGAAAGCCUACCAGGAAACAAGCCCAAAUCCAGUAAGAGUUGUGGGGUUAUUUUUAUGUCUACACCUGGCUUGAAAUAGGUAAACAAAUACCACAGGUUCAUACAAAAGGGCAAAUAGAAACCUUUCCUACAGUUUCAAUGAACAAGGUACCAAUACUUUCUGAUUUCUUCUACAGCUAUAGAAUACAAUCUUCAGAAAGUUGGCUUGUUUUAUUUCUAACCCCUUCGGAAGCUAAGGGGUGCUUACCAAAAGGAGGCAGCCAUACAAGCCUUUUAAAGGCCUGGUCCUAAGUCCUUUAUGAAGCCAUGGAGCAAAAUGUGAUACAUCACCUGAACAGAGCAUUGAGUUUUAACUGAGAUUGCAAUACCUAUCACCACCUAGCCACCAAUACUUCUCUGGACUAAAAGGACUAAUUGUAUUUUGAGGCCAAUGCUGCUUUCUGGUGUAUAGUCUCCAUACAAGAUUACUAACUGCCCUUUUUCCCUCUGAGGGGAAAACAAUUAAACCUGGGCGUUUCAUGGUUUUUGCUUUUGUUUGUUUGGGGGGAGGCGGAGUUUUUGUUUCUCGUGUUUGUACAUGAUCCACUCUUUGUUUUCUGGAAUGUGUUUUGAAAAUUUCUUUUAUGCAAAUAACAUUCUAAAAAAAUGUAAUUCAAGUGUUUGUUCAAAUCAGGUUAAAUGGCAUUGCUUCUCUCCUAUGAAUGGGAUUGAGAAAAUUAAAAUCAUGCCACACCAAAGUGCGAGCAAUUAGGUUUGUGGAUCAAUACAACCACAAAUCUAAUUAGAUGAGAAGGAAAUGGUGGAAACUAAGCCUGAACUUUAAUCUAUAAACACACUUACUCCCAAGUGGAAAUGUCGAAUUAAAAAUACUCAUCGUUCUUUUCCAUUCGUUUCAAAGUCAGCUUACUCAUCCACACUCCACCUCAUACCAUUCAAGAUUAUAGACUUAAAAAUUAGUAGAAAGUACAAGCAAUAAGGCUAGAUAGCACUUAAUAUUUUGGGGAUUAACCAAACAUAUGGACACAGACUCUGACUGUCUAGUUUCCUAGUUUUCAAAUGGCCCUGGGUCGCCAAGCCUCACCCCUCAGAGCUCUCCAACCCUUCCCAGACUUCACUGAAGCUGUUGUGUACAAACAGAUCCCAUACGAUACAAUAUUUUAAAGUUUAAAAUAUGUUUACUAAAAGCCAUUUUAGUAAAUAUGUCCUCAUUAUGGGAUGUAGCAUUAAAGAGGGAAGCCUGGUCCAUAGAGAUUAUCAUGGGAUAGAUUGCAGGCUCUGAGCGUUUCAAAUAUCCAUAAAAUGUGGCUUGGUUGGUUCUUUCCACUGUGUCUGACCUGAAUAAACAGCUUCCUCCCGAGAGUCAUUUAGAGUUGUUAGGACAACCUGAGUUUCUGCUGGAGAAGGGAAGGGUCUAGGACUCAGGUGCUCAGACUGCUACCUGCGGGUAAUAUUGAAAUCCUGUGGCAGGGCAGGGCGGGUGGUCAACAGAAUUAACAUUGUUAGACAAAGCUUUCAUAUUCACUUUUACAUCGGAGCUGGGAUUAUCCAGAUGUGGGCUGCAUGGAAUCUGUCCCUAAGAAUAUAUAUUGGGUAGGACAGGAAAGGAGGGACAUAGAAAUGAAAAGUAGAGUGACUUUGUUAACUGGAGCCAAAGUACAAUCAUUAGAAUAGAAUGAACUUAACAGAGGCCCUAAGAGAAAGGGAGCAUAUUUUAUAUAGUUUGAUAACUGAAGAAAACUGAUAGGGAGGCUCCCUAUCUGUAAAGCUCCUGGUUCCUCCCAGCAGAGAUAAAAUGGUCUUGUUUCAAGAAUUCUCUAUAGCAACCUGAAAAUAAGACAACCCAGAAGAUGAGCUGGGAAAUAUAGUUUAGGUUGCUCUGUGGGCAACAGAGGCAGAGGAGGAAGGAUCAGGGACCACUCUCUUGUACCUGUUUUGGCAGAGAGAUUUAUCACUUGGUAGCAGAGCAGAAAGAAGAGAAAAUAGUUCACUUCUACUAUAAUCAUGGUAGUGCUUAGUAGGAAUGAACGUCCAACAAAAAAUGAGAAAAACAAAUGUUGGUGGAAGUCACAGGUGUCUUGCUUGGCUUACAUCAUGCAUAGGGUUUAGAGCAUUUUGUUUUAUGUUGUAGGGGUGGGAUGCAGAAUGAAGGAAAAGAUCAGGGACAACCCAUGGUCACUUGUAAGAAGUAUAAUAAUUUCCUACGUCUUUUACAUUUGUUUCAAAUUAAAUAGAUUUUUAUCCACUUACAGCUGAAUGUGGUAAAAAUUUUUAAGAAAAAAAAACAAUUGUAAUGUUAGAGGUAUCCUUCAGGUCUCUCCCAGCCAUAAACAAUCUAAGGGGGAGUGAAGGAGGCAGAGGAGAAAUCUGGCUUCGCUGCUUUGUGGUCCACAAAGCUUUUAUAAAUAGUAGUGCCUUUCAGAGGGGGAGGAUGGGAGAUGAAGAAGUUCAUUGCAUUUAGAUUUACUGAUAUUGCAGUAUUUUUCUUUAUUUUUAAAGUAUGAAAACACCUGAAUAUAGGAUGAGACCAGGAAUUCUUGAGUUUCAAUCUCAGCUAUUCCAGAUUCAUCCUUUCUUACAGAAAGCCUUUGUUUUUUUCUGCCCCAAAUGUACCCAUUGGUAAAAUGGGAGUUAGGGGGGAAGGAGAGAGAACAAAUCUCUUACGAAUGUUGAGAAAAUAAAUAUAGUUGGAACAUCUAUAAAAAACUUUGAUUUUUUUAAAGUGCUACACACUGCCAGUGCUAAGAGUUUUAUUGAUAGUAACUUUGAACAUUCCAGGUUUUCAAUAUUCAUGUCUUUAGAUACCAUUUACAAAGUUGUGAGAUUAAAUCCUGUGAAUUGCUUUUAAUUGGAAGCACUAGGUGCUCUUUGUCUAAAUGUGAUUUGGUCUUACCUUAUAGUUUUAAUCAUUUAAGAGCCUGUCUACAGAAAAGGGUUAGGAGAGCUGAUGAAGUCUUAUGUCCACAAACAGUUUUCUCCAGUAUUUCUCAUGGGAGACGUGAAGAGUAAGAUGCCCUCUAAAGCUACUGUUACCUUCUCAAAUUUUAUGCUCUGGAAGAAUGGACAGAAAAGAACCUAAUCAGCCACUUUCCUCACUGGAAGGGCAGAAGUAAGAAUAGAAUAUCUCCCUAUAACACAAUUCAUUUCUUUAGAGUCUCAAAAGAAUACAUUAGAAGAGGAAAGUUAAAUGCAUGGGUGUAGAAAUGAAUUGGACUGUGGGUCCUUGGAGGGAACUUUGGAUCUAUUUUUCAGAUGGUCAGGUUUUUUCAGGAGUAGCAUAUUUGUUAUUCCCAAGCCUCCAUGAUUUAAUUCCCAUGAGUAAAUCAUUACUUUUUUCUUGUUUAUGUGGAAGAGCGUGGAAAUUUAGUUUUGUGAGAAUAUGAGGAAGCAAAUAUGAUUAUAAAUGAAAUGGUGGUUAUUUCUGUGUAUUAACUAAAAAUCCGUCCCAUGCUUUUGAUAGAGGAGGAAAUAUUUUGAACAUAAAGGGUCUCUUAGUAGGGCAAAAGUGCAAACUCCCCACGUCCUUAUUCUGGGUAGUCCAUGAAUUGUACUGGAUGAGUUUUGAGGAAUGUAGACCUUAUUCCUUUCUCUCCUGGGUAGCAUCCCUGUGGAGUUUGGGUUUGGCAAUCACACCUUAUGAAUUUUCAAUAAAUUUAUUUGUAAAACUGCAUCAUAUUUCUUUGCUAUUUAAAAUAUAGGGAUCUUUUGAGAAAGAAUGGUUAGACCCAGGAUAGGCUGAGAAAGACAGAACUAAAAUGUGGUCCAUCAAGACAAAGGAAGCUACUUGGUUAAUAUUUAUUUUCUAAAAACAAUGUCUCACAAAUGUUUCAUUAAUUCUAGAGGGGUAAAAAGGGCUGAGAUUUGUCAAUAGCACUAGAUGUUUUUCAUUUGAAAUAUUAUUCACACAGAAAAUCCAUACAGAUAGAGUAGAAUAUAGAAAAAUCACAAGGCCAUAAUUUUAAUGAAAGGCAUUUCUUCCUUGUUUCAUUAUAUAUAAAGGUUAGAGGAGAGGAAACAAAACAAUCACUCUAAGACAACAUUUCGACUUUAAGGGAUGUUUAUAGAUAAUCUGAAAUUAAUACUCACAGGGUGUUAUGUUUUCCCAUCAACCUGUUUAAGAAAUUCUAAAAUGUUGUUGGAGUUAUUUAAUUUUUAUUAAGAAGAGCAAAAUAACAGUUUAGUCAGAUAACUUAUUUCAGAUAGUGAGGUUGACUGAGAACAGGAGGUGUGCUGAACAAGUGCAAAUAGCAAUUGUUGAAAUGUCAACUCCUGGGGUUUAAUUUAACCAAGUGAAUUUGCUAGCCAGGGGAUAGCCAGCAAUAGGAGUUCCAUCAAUACCUGAGUUCCAUCAAGAACUGAAACCACUUUUUGGAGUAUUAUGGAGACUGUUACCAUGACCUCAAAGACUGUGGCUAUGAAUUUGAAAUGAACAAAGUAUAUACAUCUUCUCUUAAUAACUUAAGCCAUAUCUAUCAUCUCUGUUUUUGAUUUUUUUUUUACCCUGGUGCUUUUACUUCUGUUUCAGCCAAACUUCAGCCUACUCUAUGGGGAAGGUGAGUAAAACUCAUGGUAGGACAAAUAUGAAGACUCUUAAUCAUACUCUUGAGAAUGAGAUCCUAUUCAGAGAACAGUGAUUAAAAUGCAAACUGUUGGAAAAUAUAGAUAUAUGUACAUCUGUACAUGUAUAUAGUGUAUAAUAUGUAUGUAUAUGUUAUUGCUCAUAUGCAGAAAUCUAUCCAUUUGCAGACAGCCCAGGCGGGUCAGUUUUUCUAUUGGAAAACCAUUUCGGGCCAUUCAAAACCAUGAGGCUAAUUCGUGGAGACAAAUUCUACUCAUGUGGGAAUUCAUUUGCUGUCUUUUGAAGUCCACAAAGCCAAAGUAACAAAGUGUGAUACGUAGUGGGACCAUCAUUCAGUCUGUUCUGUUUCCCUGGAGUCAGAUAUAUCUUUGCAGUUGAAUUAUUAUUAGUGGGUUUGCAAACUGCAUUGGCACCUUUUGGUUUUGAGUGGCCCCUUCCCCCAAAAUCUUUUGAGAAUUUGCAGUGGGCUUCUCUGGCCAUUCAGAUAAAGGGCCUUAUCCAUAAGUGGACAGGUUUCCCCAUAGGGAUCAUUACACAUAUACAUAUAAGAACAUACUUCCAUCAGGCUUGUAACAAUUGAUUUUAAAUCACUCCACAGUAUUGAUAAAUAGCUCUAUAUUUUCAAGGUGCAGAAGAAUUCCACAGCCUUAAUUAUUUCAGUGUCUUGCUGGUCUGCCUUAAGUGUAUCUUCUGGGUUUUUGGUUGUUUAAUUUUUUUUAAAUUUUCUGCAGUUGUUCAUUUUGUAUGCACACAAUGUCGUUUUGUAAAGGUAGGUUGUAAAUAUUUUAUUUGUAAGUCAAAAUCACUCAUGUGUAAUGUUGUAAAGUGAUGACCUGCUGUCUUGUUAUUAUUACUAUGGUAAAUGUUAUAAGUUAUGGAUGAAACUUCAAAUGUACAUCUCACAUGUUAUGCAU